AUGCUGGCAAACAAGACGGCGCCUAAUUGUAUGCAAUCGUACACGCAUGUGCGGCUAAGCGUGAAAACAGCCGCCGCACGGUAUAUGGCGGCUAAAAAAGAACGUAAACAAUAAAGCUGUCAAACAAGGUGGACGCAGCUCCAGUUCGUAGCCUAAACUAAUUUGCAGAUAGAAUUUUCCUAAAAAUGUGCUUUGCUUUCGCGAACGGCGUAAUUACUCGCUAAUAUGUUUAAGGAUACAUGUUACGUUCGUUCCGUAGUGUCCGCUUGUAGAGAAAGAAAGGAUGACAAAAAAGAAACCCUCACCACAAAAUCGCAUCUGGGAAAAGGAGCGCCGCGAGCGUCUGAACAAAACGUUCGAUGAUCUUCAGCGACUGCUGCCCGAACAUGAGCCAGCCUCAACGCUCAGCAAGGUGGAAAUCCUGCAGCGGGCAAUCGAGCACAUUAAUAAACUACAAAAAAAGAUUAAGACGCUGGUGGAAGAGUGCCACGAUCCGCUGAAAGACCACGUAAAGGAGCAAGAGUUACGCUUGAAGCGGCUGCUAGUGCGGAACGAAGAACUCGCGGAACUGCUGCGGAAAGCGAAGAUAACCGUUCCACCAUGCAAGUAUACGAUAUCGGCAGACGACAGUCAGCAACAGAACGAGGAGAAGGAGAAUGGAAACGGGCAUAAAAAGACGGUGCAGCGGCAACGCCUUGCCGGUGCAGCCGCCAAGAAACAACAAACUGUGAUAGAGAACCAGCCUCCGGCGAGUGUAGCGAGCACGGAGGCGGUAGGUUUAAGUAUUGUUAAAAGUAUUCCCCCACCAACCAGUGGGACGGAGAGCAGCGGGAUCAGCUGCAGUAGUGCCAGCAGCAACACCAUGCCAGCCCCAUGUCCACCCACAUUGCGGAACAUCAAUGGCAUCCCGCCCAGUAAUGGUGUGAACGUUACACCCGCUCUACUACCAACGCCCAUAAUGACGACGAGCGUAAUAAUAUCCAACAAUGGCAAUCUCGUCCAGGUACCGAUCGUUGCCCCACCCUCAUCGCUGCUGAUCGUCGGCAAUGAGGACAUUCGAUCGAAAAUCAACUUGAAAAAUCGCGCCCAAGACGGAAAUCCAUCCCGGUACCGGGGCAAACGGGGGAAAUUCACGAUCAAAUCGAUCGACCUCAUACCGGGCAGAAUAGUGAACGGAAAGAUACCGAUUCCACCGCUGCGAAGGAGCACCAACGACAGCUUGAAAUCGUCGAAAGCGGCACCGAGAUUGAAACGGAAACGAAUGCUCGAGAAGGGUGGUAAAAGGUUGCGCAAAUCAAGCACCUCUACAGGGUCUACAAAGCAGGACAAAGCGCACAGCGACAGUUCCAAGGCAAAACGUGCCCGACUCCAAGGGCAAGGGAAGUGUCAGAAUGGGGAAACUGCCACCAAAGAGGAUGGUGCAGCCCAACAGAAACAGCAUGAAAAUGUGCUUGAAACGUCAGCCCAACAGCCCAACCAGUGUGUGGUCGUUCCAGCGGCAAUGAAAAUCCUUCCAAAGGAGCAGGAUCAUACAAAAGUGCAUCCAAACGAAACUGAACCGACGCAAGAUACGCAUCUCGAUAUUAGUUUAAACCAAGCGGACCUAUCGGAAGACAUUUUUGCAAACCUGCACGUUGGACCGGACGGUUCGAAUGUGCAUGGAGGCAACGAGGAUGGUACGCUCUCACCAACGGCAGCGUAUCUGAUGAACUUCCCGCUCGUGGCUGGCGGUGGCAAAGCGGCCGGGAAUCAUGCAGACACUGGCGAGGCGGACGAAUGCCACGAUGCCACCGGGCCGAUGGAUCAUCAGCAAUCAGGAUCAGCAAACAAAGCGAACAACGUUGCAUUGGCAAAUGAACAAACGGGCAGCUUGUUGUUGGACAAUUUUUCGUCCUUUUUCAACUAUGGCCAUAUCGACACGACGCUGGGCACGACGGCACCGACCGUGGGUGGUCUGCCGGAUAUUACUACAUUGCAUUCGAUUCCUACGCUGACUGGUGGUAAUGCGGGCUCACAUGCAGCGACCACGAUUGGUACGGGCAGCUCGAGGGAAAACACUUUCACCAACUAUCCGACCAUCUAUCAGUCGAUUGAUAAUAUGCUUGAUUGUCGACCCGUGGCGCCAAAUCGGUCAGUGAUUGGCGCGUCCGCGAAUAGAACGCUUCCAACGGAAACCGACUUUAACGGCAGCGGGACGUUCACGUUCACGCUAACGUCCAACACGUGCACCGCACCCACGACGGUCCAAUCGUCCAUCGGUUCCGGUCACUUUUACGGGCCUUCGUGCGGUACUCUGAACCCAGUGAAGCCGGUAGACGAUUUUAGCUCGCCGAUGAAACCAUCGAUUGAGUUUACCUUUUCGCUAACCAGCACAACGGCCUCGCAGCCGAAAACGGUACAGAGCCAGUACACGAACAGCACGAUUCUGGCGACCACAAUGACCACACCGUCCUACGAUACGUACGGCUAUUUCCACAAAACUGUCGCCAAACCGAGCAACUACUGUGCGUCGUUCAAUGUGCUCGAUCCGCUACUGUCCACCGAGAAGCCGGCGACCAGCUUUACCUUUAGUCUGACAUCCUCCACCAAGACGGAACCAUCGUACACGCAAUCGACGAUAGUGACGGGUCCAACGAACACCACCCAAACGUACGGAACGCCUCCGAAGCUGUCCACUAAACCACAGCAACAGCAGCAGCAGCAACAGCAGCAGCAGCAGCAGACGGCAGCGGUGGAUAUCUUUCCUGCGAAGCAAGAAGCUGUUGUUAAGCCCGAAAAGCCACGAACAGCGCCGAAAACUCACAUGGAAACUAGCACUGCUCGGACUGACCCUUCAAACGGUCUGCAACAACAGCAACAGCAGCAGCAGCAGCAACAACUACAGUCUCAGCAGCAAACACAAUCAAAAUACGACGUUUCCUGGAUGGCGACCGGUGUCCACCAAGGUCAAUCCACCAACGCAUCGUCCCAAAACAGUCAGCAACAGACGCAGCAGCAACCGCACUAUGAAACCAUUGCCUCGCAAAUCAUCCCACCGAUUGAGUUCCCGCCGGCCGGUGGCUACACCACCACGAACAACUACAAGUCGGACAUCUUUUUCGCUCAUCCACCGGGCGAGGAGCACAACCUAACCUGGUCUUCGCCGAGCAAGCUGUCCAACAUCCUGAACGACAGCUCCUCGCCCUACUUCCCCCCGGUAACGCUACCGAGUUUAAAUGGCGAUCUGGCGCUCAACACUUCCGGGGGUGGAAACACACUCGGCGGUUCGACGGCGUGCACUGGCAACAAGAUGAAUACGGCUUCCAGCUGCAAGGUCGCCAAGAAAGCGUACCCGCAGAACAGCAGCAGUGCCAUUGGAGCGGGCCAGGCGGGUGAAAACUCCACCGGCGGUAGCUUCCUUUCCGUGAGUCAGCUCGUAAAUGAACCGUCCAAGUCAUACUCUGCUAAUGGUCCUUCGAUGAGUAAUGGUGGUGUGUGUCAGAAAUCGGCCAAUAACAACUAUUCUGCUGAAGCAUUGAUUGGCCAUUCGUACACCCAUUCGUCGACGGUUGUUGGGCUUGAAGGUGGCCGGAAGGAUAAGCUGUUUGAGUACGGAGCAAGCACACUGGAUAGUGGUUCAGCACCGUUAACGUUUAAUUUCGACACGUACGCAACAAACGGCGCCGGAGUGGAUUACAACAAGGGCUACAACUUUGGCAAUCAGCAAAACGGUUACAUGGCAUCUUCGUACGGAGAUUCGGCCUACAGUACAGGGUCGAGCAGUUGUGGCGCAUCGAAUGCGCCGUCGGCGAUACCUUACUACGGCAAGACCUCUGCCUCACAGGGAUACUACAAUCAAACAAACUUGGAAGGCACGCUGAUGGAACUCGGGUCCACGUCUUCGACGGUUACGAACUAUCCUAACCCUACCCAUGGGCAACCUACCGCCUCGGCUAGCACGAUGGGACAGGAAUACACAACACCGUACUAUCUGCCAUCUUUUGGAGAGAAAAAGCAACCCUCUUCAACGACUCAACCGAGUGGAUCAACCGAGCAGACGAGUGCAAAGAGUAAAAAGAACCAUAAAGCUGCUACAGUUGCUGCUGCGGUGGAAUAUGUGUUUAAUACGACGGUAGCUUCUACGAUUGCCACCACCAUUAUGAGCUCAUCGAGCUACAACUAUAAUGCGAGUGCUAAUGCGACGAUCACAUCCUCUGGAUCUAUGGGUCAUAGUGUCCCGCAAACUGAUCCUUCCUCCUACCCGAACUACCAUCAUCACCAUCAUCACGCGUCUCGCCAUCAUAACUAUCACUAUCUUCAGCCAACGCAACUGUCUGGCAGUGUUGCAUCGGACACAUCCAGCUCGGCCACUCGCAAGACUUCAUCUGCAGCCACCGCAACCACUACCACCACCACCACCACCACGUCAUCGUACAACUACAACGGCCAAUAUCUUUCGACGAAAGCUCCCCAGCAGACCCAUUUCGAUGCGUCCCAUCAGCCAUCUUACUCGCACUCACAUCACCUGAGCAUGGCACCGUGCAUCAACCCCACGCCGGGUGUUGGCUAUGGAAGCGGACAGUCAGCCACCAGUCAGUCUGCUUACGGGCAAUCUGCUUCCCACGAGGGACAGCAGCAUCACUACCGCCAUCAGCCAUCACAGGUAGUCCACCACCAUCACCAACAUCAUCAACAGCAGGAGCAACAUCAUCAACAGCAGCAUGUUGUAACGAGUUCCAGUUCCUCGCUACCGAACAGCAGCAGCAGCACCACCACCAUAACCAACUUUAACCUGAGCACAAUCUGCCCGGAAAUUAACGAAAAAACGGCCCGCUCGAGGGAAGGCCCGCUCCGGUCUGGUGUGGUGGAACCCGGUACGUUACGAGCGCCAUCGUCCGUGGCGUCGAUUGUACCGCACUGGUGAUCGCCGGUUCCUCUGUGUAAACCUGUUGAGUGAGAAGCAACCAAUCGUGUGCAAUCGGUAGUAUGGGGGGAGGGCGGUUUGUGGUUUAUUAGCUAUGAAUAUUAUGUUAAAACAAAAAAAGAAAUGUUCACAUUAAGCAGGAUAAUAAUACAAUAAACAAAAA